AGACGGGAAGAGAAAGGCCGCGACGUGAGCGCGCGGCCCCGGUCGCCAUUUUGUUUGGGGGACCAGCUCGAGAGCUGACUAGGGAGAACGCGAACGGCUAGUCCGGCGCCUGGUCUGGCCCGAGACCUCUCGCCCCGAGCCACACGAGGUGCCAUGUUUCAGGACAUAGUGGGAGUAUUGGGAAAGAAGAACUAAAGAUACAACAUAACUUGAGAUACAGGCUAAGUGGAAAAAAAUUAACCUGUCUCUGAGGUGACUAAAGGGGAAUAAUGGUGAUUUUGCGCCGGGCUCGGCCGCCUGCUUCCGCCCCAACCAGCAAUGAAUCUUGACUCGCUCUCGCUGGCCUUGUCUCAAAUCAGCUACCUGGUGGACAAUUUAACUAAGAAAAACUACCGAGCCAGCCAGCAGGAAAUACAGCAUAUUGUGAACCGGCACGGACCUGAAGCAGACAGGCAUUUGCUACGCUGUCUCUUUUCUCAUGUGGAUUUCAGUGGCGAUGGUAAAAGUAGCGGUAAAGAUUUCCACCAGACUCAGUUUCUGAUCCAGGAGUGUGCAUCAUUGAUUACAAAGCCAAACUUCAUUUCAACACUGUCCUAUGCUAUUGAAAAUCCAUUGCAUUAUCAAAAGAGUCUUAAGCCAUCACCCCAUCUAUUCACCCAGCUGAGCAAAGUGAUCAAAUUAAGCAAAGUUCAAGAGGUUAUUUUUGGCCUUGCUUUGUUGAACUCUUUCAAUCCUGAUCUACAAGUUUUUGCUGCUCAGUUUAUUAAACAGAAGCUUCCUGAUCUUCUGCGCUCAUAUAUUGACGCAGACGUCAGUGGUAAUCAAGAAGGUGGCUUCCAAGAUAUUGCAAUAGAAGUCUUGCACCUCCUCCUCUCCCAUCUACUUUUUGGGCAGAAGGGAGCCUUUGGGGUUGGACAGGAACAAAUCGAGGCUUUCCUCAAAACAUUGCGCAGAGAUUUCCCUCAGGAGCGUUGCCCUGUGGUGCUUGCACCACUCCUAUACCCUGAAAAACGGGACAUUCUAAUGGACAGGAUCCUGCCUGACUCUGGAGGGAUAGCAAAAACCAUGAUGGAGAGUUCUCUUGCAGACUUUAUGCAGGAAGUUGGCUAUGGCUUUUGUACAAGCGUGGAAGAAUGUCGCAGUAUCAUCACACAAUUUGGUGUUGGGGAGGUUACAGCUGCCCAGGUUGCCAGGGUUUUGGGAAUGAUGGCUCGCACACACUCUGGAUUGACAGAUGGCAUUCCAUUACAGUCUAUUUCUGCCCCUGGAAGUGGAAUUUGGAGUGAUGGAAGAGAUAAAAAUGAUGGAACACAGACUCAUACAUGGAAUGUUGAAGUUUUGAUUGAUGUGCUUAAAGAACUGAACCCAACCUUAAAUUUCAAGGAAGUAACCUAUGAGCUGGACCACCCUGGAUUUCAAAUUCGUGAUAGCAAGGGCCUGCAAAUUGUAGUCUUUGGAGUUCAGCGAGGAUUAGGACUGGAGGUUUUUCCAGUUGAUCUAAUAUACAGACCUUGGAAACAUGCUGAAGGCCAGCUCUCAUUCAUUCAGUAUUCCCUCAUUAACCCAGAGAUCUUCUGUUUUGCUGACUAUCCCUGUCAUACUGUUUCCACGGAGAUCUUGAAAGCACCACCUGAGGAUGAUAAUCGAGAAAUUGCCACAUGGAAGAGCCUAGAUUUGAUUGAGUCCCUGUUGCGGUUGGCAGAGGUGGGCCAGUAUGAACAAGUCAAGCAGCUCUUCAGUUUCCCUAUCAAGCACUGUCCAGAUAUGUUGGUCUUGGCUUUGCUACAGAUCAACACUUCUUGGCAUACUUUGCGGCAUGAACUCAUCUCCACCCUUAUGCCCAUUUUCCUUGGCAACCACCCAAAUUCUGCUAUCAUCUUGCAUUAUGCAUGGCACGGGCAGGGUCAGUCCCCUUCAAUUCGUCAGCUCAUCAUGCAUGCUAUGGCAGAAUGGUACAUGAGAGGAGAACAGUAUGACCAAGCAAAAUUAUCACGUAUCCUAGAUGUGGCCCAAGACUUGAAGGCAUUGUCUAUGCUGCUGAAUGGUACUCCAUUUGCCUUUGUUAUUGACCUUGCUGCCCUUGCCUCUCGGCGGGAAUACCUCAAACUAGACAAAUGGCUCACAGAUAAAAUUCGGGAGCAUGGGGAGCCCUUCAUCCAAGCUUGUAUGACUUUUUUGAAGAGAAGAUGUCCCUCUAUCUUGGGUGGUCUUGCUCCAGAGAAAGAUCAGCCCAAAAGUGCUCAACUUCCACCAGAGACUCUAGCAACAAUGCUAGCUUGCCUUCAGGCUUGUGCUGGAAGUGUAUCGCAAGAGCUGUCGGAAACUAUUCUCACCAUGGUAGCCAACUGCAGCAAUGUAGUGAACAAAGCCAGACAGCCACCGCCUGGCGUGAUGCCCAAAGGACGUCCCCCCAGUGCUAGCAGCCUGGAUGCCAUCUCCCCUGUGCAGAUUGAUCCGCUUGCUGCUGGGAUGGCAUCUCUCAGUUUAGGUGGCCCAACGGUUCCUCAUACCCAGAGUAUGCCUGGAUUUCCUCCAAACUUGAGUUCUGCUUUUAGUACUCCUCAGUCACCAGCAAAAGCAUUUCCACCACUUUCUACACAAAACCAGAACACACCUUUUAGUGGGAUUGGUGGGCUCUCUUCACAGCUUCCAGUAGGUGGUCUCACAACCGGUAGUCUGGGUAUUGGAACUGGCAACCUUGGCCUCCCUGCAGUGAAUAAUGAUCCAUUUGUGCCAAGAAAGCUGAACACAUCAGGAUUGAACCAACCCACAUUCCAGCAGAGUAAGGUGAAACCUUCUGACUUAUCUCAGGUAUGGCCAGAGGCUAAUCAGCACUUUAGCAAAGAGAUUGAUGAUGAAGCCAACAGCUAUUUUCAGCGUAUUUAUAAUCACCCACCCCAUCCCACCAUGUCUGUAGAUGAGGUGUUAGAAAUGCUACAGAGAUUUAAGGACUCUAACAUUAAACGGGAGCGAGAAGUAUUUAACUGUAUGCUGAGGAAUUUAUUUGAAGAAUAUCGUUUUUUCCCGCAAUAUCCUGAUAAAGAGCUCCACAUAACAGCCUGCCUCUUCGGUGGGAUAAUCGAGAAGGGAUUGGUGACCUAUAUGGCCCUGGGCCUGGCCUUGCGCUACGUGCUUGAAGCCUUACGAAAGCCUUUUACAUCCAAAAUGUACUAUUUUGGAAUUGCUGCACUAGAUAGAUUUAAAAAUAGAUUGAAGGACUACCCUCAAUAUUGUCAACAUCUGGCAUCUAUUAGUCACUUUAUACAGUUCCCUCAUCACCUGCAGGAGUACAUUGAAUAUGGACAGCAGUCGAGAGAUCCUCCUGUGAAGAUGCAGGGGUCCAUCACCACCCCUGGAAGUAUUGCCCUGGCCCAGGCCCAGGCCCAGGCCCAGGCUCCAGCAAAGACACCUCUCGCUGGCCAGGUUAGCACUGUAGUCACCACUGCCACCACCACCAGCACUGUCGCAAAGACAGCCAUUGCGCCUGUGGGUCGAGUCAGCUUCAAGAAAGAUGUGCCACCUUCUAUUAAUACAACAAACAUUGAUACUCUGCUAGUGGCCACAGAUCAAACAGAGAGGAUUGUAGAACCACCUGAAAAUGUUCAGGAAAAGAUUGCUUUUAUCUUUAAUAAUUUGUCUCAAUCCAACAUGACUCAGAAGGUUGAGGAACUGAAGGAAACUGUGAAAGAAGAAUUCAUGCCUUGGGUUUCACAGUAUCUUGUGAUGAAGAGAGUUAGCAUUGAGCCAAACUUCCAUAGUCUUUAUUCAAAUUUCCUUGACACUCUUAAAAAUCCAGAAUUUAAUAAAAUGGUUUUGAAUGAAACAUACAGAAAUAUCAAGGUGCUGCUUACAUCGGAUAAAGCUGCUGCCAACUUCUCAGACCGUUCGUUGCUGAAGAACCUGGGUCACUGGCUGGGGAUGAUAACACUGGCAAAGAAUAAGCCCAUCUUGCACACGGAUUUGGAUGUCAAAUCUUUGCUGCUAGAAGCUUAUGUAAAAGGACAGCAGGAAUUGUUAUACGUUGUGCCAUUUGUUGCUAAAGUAUUGGAAUCCAGCGUAAGAAGCGUGGUUUUCAGGCCCCCAAAUCCAUGGACCAUGGCAAUCAUGAAUGUUCUUGCAGAACUUCAUCAGGAACAUGACUUAAAGCUGAAUCUGAAGUUUGAAAUUGAAGUGCUCUGUAAAAACCUGGCCCUUGACAUCAAUGAUCUAAAACCUGGUAGUCUUCUAAAAGACAAGGACCGGUUGAAAACCCUGGAUGAACAAUUAUCUGCUCCAAAAAAGGAUAUAAAACAAGCAGAAGAACUACCACCAAUUACUACUACCACAAGUGAGCUCAGGCAAAACUGCACACGAUUCCGCAACGACACCGACGAGGAACAAACUGGAAGUUCUGCUACAGCUUCUAGUCUUGAAUACCAGGCAGCUUCACCACAGCAGAGGGAGAUGAUGGAACAGGCUGCAGCCCAGUUGGCUCAAGAUAACUGUGAGUUGGCCUGCUGCUUCAUUCAGAAAACAGCGGUGGAAAAAGCAGGUCCUGAAAUGGACAAGAGGCUGGCAACUGAAUUUGAGCUCCGAAAACAUGCCCGGCAAGAAGGGCGCAGGUACUGUGAUCCUGUGGUUUUGACUUACCAAGCAGAGCGGAUGCCAGAGCAGAUCAGACUGAAGGUUGGUGGUGUGGACCCAAAGCAGCUAGCUGUAUAUGAAGAAUUUGCACGGAAUGUUCCUGGUUUCCUGCCAACAAAUGAUUCAAGUCAACCAACAGGAAUCCUGGCCCAGCCUAUGAAGCAAGCCUGGGCAACUGAUGACGUGGCACAGAUUUAUGAUAAAUGCAUGGCAGAGCUAGAGCAGCAUCUGCAGUCUGUUCCCCACACGUUGGCCAUGAAUCCCCAGACACAAGCUCUGCGGAGCCUUUUGGAGGCCGUAGUUGUGGCUCGUAAUUCUCGAGAUGCUAUUGCAGCCCUUGGAUUGCUACAGAAGGCGGUUGAAGGAUUAUUAGAUGCUACAAGUGGUGCAGAUGCAGACCUCCUUCUCCGAUACCGUGAAUGUCAUUUGCUUGUAUUAAAAGCCUUGCAAGACGGCCGUGCCUAUGGCUCUCCCUGGUGUAAUAAGCAGAUAACAAGAUGUCUGAUUGAGUGUCGAGAUGAAUAUAAAUACAACGUAGAAGCAGUAGAGCUCCUGAUUCGUAACCAUCUAGUUAACAUGCAGCAGUACGACCUUCACCUAGCUCAGUCCAUGGAGAACGGCUUGAACUACAUGGCAGUGGCGUUUGCAAUGCAGCUGGUGAAGAUCCUGCUCGUGGACGAGAGAAGUGUGGCUCACAUGACAGAAGCAGAUUUGUUCCAUACCAUUGAAACUCUGAUGAGAAUAAAUGCUCACUCCAGAGGAAAUGCUCCAGAAGGGUUGCCACAGCUAAUGGAAGUGGUACGAUCCAACUAUGAAGCCAUGAUUGAUCGUGCUCAUGGCGGACCCAACUUUAUGAUGCAUUCUGGGAUCUCUCAAGCCUCAGAAUAUGAUGAUCCUCCAGGUCUGAGGGAGAAGGCAGAGUAUCUCCUGAGAGAGUGGGUGAAUCUUUACCAUUCUGCAGCUGCUGGCCGGGACAGCACCAAAGCCUUCUCUGCAUUUGUUGGACAGAUGCAUCAACAAGGAAUCCUAAAAACUGAUGACUUAAUCACAAGAUUCUUCCGUCUUUGCACUGAAAUGUGUGUUGAAAUCAGUUAUCGUGCUCAGGCUGAGCAGCAGCACAACCCUGCUGCAAACCCCACUAUGAUCCGUGCCAAGUGUUAUCACAACCUGGAUGCCUUUGUGCGUCUUAUUGCACUGUUGGUGAAGCACUCUGGAGAGGCUACCAAUACAGUAACAAAAAUCAACCUGCUUAAUAAGGUUCUUGGGAUAGUGGUGGGAGUCCUUUUGCAGGAUCAUGAUGUUCGCCAGAGUGAAUUUCAACAACUUCCCUACCACCGCAUCUUCAUCAUGUUACUGUUAGAAUUAAAUGCUCCUGAACAUGUCCUGGAAACUAUCAACUUUCAGACCCUCACAGCUUUCUGCAAUACAUUUCACAUCCUGCGACCUACAAAAGCUCCAGGUUUUGUUUAUGCUUGGUUAGAACUGAUCUCUCAUCGGAUAUUUAUUGCAAGGAUGCUGGCACAUACACCACAGCAGAAGGGUUGGCCCAUGUAUGCACAACUCUUGAUUGACCUGUUUAAAUAUUUGGCUCCUUUCCUGAGAAAUGUGGAACUUGCCAAGCCUAUGCAAAUUUUGUACAAGGGAACACUGCGUGUGUUACUGGUAUUAUUACACGAUUUCCCAGAAUUCCUUUGUGAUUACCACUAUGGAUUUUGUGAUGUGAUUCCUCCAAACUGUAUUCAGCUAAGGAAUCUGAUUUUGAGUGCCUUUCCACGUAAUAUGAGGCUUCCUGACCCCUUCACUCCCAACCUUAAGGUUGACAUGCUGAGCGAGAUCAAUAUUGCUCCACGGAUCCUCACCAAUUUUACUGGUGUGAUGCCACCUCAGUUCAAGAAGGAUUUGGAUUCCUAUCUCAAAACUCGUUCUCCAGUCACGUUCCUCUCCGACUUGCGCAGCAACUUGCAGGUAUCAAAUGAGCCUGGCAAUCGUUACAAUAUUCAGCUGAUCAAUGCCUUGGUGCUUUAUGUUGGUACACAAGCGAUUGCACACAUUCAUAAUAAGGGCAGCACACCAUCCAUGAGCACCAUCACCCAUUCAGCCCACAUGGACAUCUUCCAGAACCUUGCUGUCGAUCUGGACACAGAAGGUCGGUACCUCUUCCUGAAUGCGAUUGCCAAUCAGUUGCGAUAUCCCAACAGCCACACGCACUACUUCAGCUGCACCAUGCUUUACUUGUUUGCAGAAGCCAAUACAGAAGCUAUUCAAGAGCAGAUCACCAGGGUUUUGUUAGAACGACUGAUUGUAAAUAGGCCUCAUCCCUGGGGCCUCUUAAUCACCUUCAUUGAAUUGAUUAAAAAUCCAGCAUUUAAAUUCUGGAACCAUGAGUUUGUUCACUGUGCUCCAGAAAUUGAAAAGCUGUUCCAGUCAGUCGCACAGUGUUGUAUGGGGCAGAAACAGGCACAGCAAGUAAUGGAAGGAACUGGAGCCAGCUAGAAGAAGCUAACUUUGUGGGAACGAUGCCAGCCUGGAGUUCUCUAUCAAGCUGACAGAAGAAAAUGGGUGGGGCUGCCUAAACUAUGGGGCUGCCUUCUCUCCCCCCCCCCCCCCCCCCGGGCUUAAACCACAGGUCUUUUGGCCAGAAAUCUCCCACAUGGGCAUGUUACAAAGUUGAAAACUAAUUUUCUCACUCUUGGCCAAAAUUCAGAAGAUACUGUGAAUAUAAUUUUGAACUAUUGUAAAUACACAGAACAGAAAUAUUUGUUGGAACUUUGGAUUUGUGCAUAUUGUGUUUCAAGAGAGGCAUAUAAUGUGUGCCUGACCAGCUUAUAAUAAAGUGGUGGCUGCUGAUGCCAAGCCCUUGUCUGGGGCAGAUCUGCUCAUCUGACAUUCCCGGACUCCCAAAGAGUAUAUGGAAACGCCAGUUUAAAUAUUAUGUAACUUAUUUUUCUUGGGGGUGGGACUUCUAAAUCACAAAAACAAAGGAUGCUCAGGAUCCUAUAGAAUAUUAAGGGGAAGGUGGGAGAGUGUUGGGACCCAGGAUGUUGCUUUUCCCAUACCAGAUGCUGCCACCCAAGGCCGGCCAAUGGAGUCGGGCACUCCUUGGCAGAGAGAAACCUCCAGUCCUUCGGAAGAGUCCUUUUAGCAAGAGAAAUUACCAGGCCUAUACAUUUUCUUUCUUUAUGCUUGUAAAUUUGGGAGGGGAGGAUGUGAAUCUGUUAACUGCUCCCCUGUGGCCACAAAGUUUGAGUUUGUAAAAAGAACAAAAAGGACCAAUACAGCCCAUUUUGUAAGGAUUUUGAAUGUUUUGUAAAUGUAUUGGUCCAUGUGUUGUAUUUUGUAGCCUUUCUAGUUCUCUUGGGCUUUAGUUCUCCCAUUUCUUGUAUGUAUGCCUUCUGCAGUUAAACAUUAAAGUCAUGACAAGCA